GAGGCCGCUGAAGCCUUAUUUGGGUCCGGCUAAUUAACCGCCACCCAACAUUCGGCGUUGACUGUUUUACGGCGGAGAAGUCGAACUCCAACUCAACCCUACUUUUUCUCAUCCAGGCUUAGGCACGGGUAACAGUAAAAAAAAACCACAGUCUAAUUGAGAACCUCCUCCUUUUUUCGAUGUCAGUUAAAACCCGUUAAUUAAAGAGCAUUUAUUUUGAAAUCACACACACACACACACACACACAUUAAAUUCUUAAUUAUUUAUAAAAUAUGUGUACAUUAAGCGAAUUUACGUUCCGCGGACAAAAAGGCAUUUACACAAGUGAUUAAUUCAAGGAUCUUUAAAUAAUAAAUAUAUUACGAACGUGUAUUUUCGUAUAGAACUUAACUGAUGUUCAUUGAUCAGAUUCGGAUGGAACACAUUACGUGUGGUUUGAAAUAACAGUACAUUUAUAAAGGAAACAACAUGUGGUUCAGUCUUGUAGUCGUCGCUGUGAUAUACGCACUGUGGAAACUCUUUUACAAGGAGGAUGAUCCUAUAGACUCAUUACCUGGUCCUACCAAAUUACCGAUCAUUGGUAAUAUGUUGGAUAUGUUCAACAUGACGCCUGGCGAAAAAUUCAAGUACGAACGUCAACUUUCAAAGACGUACAAACAACGGUACAUGCAGAAGAUAUUCUAUCGUCGUAUCGUCUACGUCCACCACCCUGACGAUGUCGAGGUCGUCCUGUCACACUCGAAGAAUAUUACCAAGAACGUGAAUUACGAUUUCUUGAAACCCUGGCUCGGUACUGGCUUGCUACUAUCAACCGGCAGUAAAUGGUUCAAGAGAAGGAAGAUCCUAACUUCGGCGUUCCAUUUUGAUAUACUCAAGGACUUCGCAAGCCUUUUUGAGGAGAAGAGCCGUCGUCUGGUGGACCAGCUUAGGGCCAAUAACGGAGAGCCAAUUAGUUUAUUACCUGUCAUGAGUAACUACACUUUGUUUACCCUUUGUGAGACCGCAUUGGGCACAAAAUUAGACACAGAUCGAUCGGUAGCUGCGGCCGAAUACAAAGAUGCCAUCUCGAAAACCGCUCAAAUAAGUAUUUAUCGACUGCCCAGAAUUUGGCUUUACAUCGAUGCAAUAUUCAAUAGAACAAGUGCGGGCAGAGAAUUUGCUAAAAACGUUGACAUCAUCCAUUCUUUCGCUGAUAACGUCAUCGUCCAGAGAAAGGAACAGAGACUGAACAGCCUUGAUAAAGGACUGGUGGAACGUGAUGAAUUUAACAGAAAGAAGAGAACGGCGCUGUUGGAUUUGCUUCUAGAAGCAGAAGCGAAACGUGAAAUUGAUUUAGAAGGGAUCCGGGAAGAAGUCAACACAUUUAUGUUUGCGGGACACGAUACUACGGGAACUGCUUUGACUUUCUCGCUCAUGCUGCUAUCAGAUCACGAGGAAGCACAGGAACGCAUCUUGGAAGAGUACAAUGAAGUAAUGCGCGGGAAAGAAACGCCGACUCUGUCCGAAUUCGCAGAAAUGAAAUACCUCGACGCGGUCAUCAAAGAAACCUUAAGGCUUUAUCCGAAUCCGCACAGAGUAGGCAGAGUUCUAACCGAAGACAUCACUUUAGGUGGUGUACCAAUAAAGGCUGGUACAGAAAUAGGCGUGCAAAUCAUCGACCUGCAUCACCGCGAGGACUUCUUUCCCGAGCCUGAGAAAUUCCGGCCCGAGAGGUUCCUCCGCGGGGAAAUACAGCAUCCGUACAGCUUUGUUCCGUUUAGCGCGGGACCCAGGAACUGCUUAGGUCAAAAGUUCGCCAUGCUGGAGAUUAAGAGCGUCUUAACUCACAUCUGCAAUAACUUCAAAUUAGUGCCGAUGAAGAGGAACUGGCGAGUCGAGACAGUCAGCGACAUAGUUCUGAAACCAGCUGAACCUAUUUACAUUAAAUUUGUACCGCGAUAAGUUCCAAACGUUGCUGUUUCACAUCGAACUCGAUCGAAGACACAACGCCUUGACUUCUUGUUAGUUUUAUUUGCUUCCAAUUGUAGGGGAAUGAUACCCCGCCUCGCUUAGCUGUUUACUAUGCAGUUAUAGUAAUGAGCAACAUACGUUAGUCAGUCAGUGGUUGACGCGCAGCGAUCCACCGCGGUCGCUGACGCGAAUAAACAUGUUAUUAUAAGUAAUGUUUUACUGACCGUUCCGCUGAGGUUUAUGGAGGACAACACGCAUCAAACAACCAACGCACACACCUCCUCCUUCUCCACCCAAUAAACCUCACACAAUCUUGGUCGUGUUUACGAAUCACGUUAGUCUUAGCGGUCACAAACUACAACAAUCAGGAAACAGCUAAUUCCUUCGAUCGUGCCUGCGACUUGUGAAAACCUCCUAAACAACUAAUCUACAUCUAUCUUCACUAGGAAAAUAAAAUACUAGUUCACAGUUUUCAAAUAAAGUUUGAUGUUCAAAGAUGA